AUGUCUACCAAGGAGCGUACUUUCAUCGCUGUUAAGCCCGAUGGUGUGAUGCGUGGGCUCGUUGGCACCAUCAUUGCUCGAUUCGAGCAGCGCGGCUUCAAGCUUGUUGCCCUGAAGCUUGUCCACGCUGAACCCGCUUUCCUUGAGCAGCACUACGCCGACCUCAAGGGCAAGCCUUUCUUCCCCGGCUUGAUCAAGUACAUGUCCUCCGGCCCCGUCGCUGCUAUGGUGUGGGAAGGUCUGGACGCUGUCAAGACUGGUCGUGCCAUGCUCGGCGCAACCAACCCCCUUGCUUCCGCCCCGGGCACUAUCCGUGGUGACUUCGCUCUGGUUGUCGGCCGUAACAUCUGCCACGGCUCCGACUCUGUCGAGAGCGCCGAGAAGGAGAUCAAGUUGUGGUUCCCUGAGGGUGUUGUCCAGUACACUCACGCUCUCAACGAGUGGGUCAACGAGGUGUAA